UCAUGUUCUUUCUCCGCUCUGGGAGCACACUCCAUUUAGCAGGCUUGGGGUUAGUGUUAAUGUCUGGACAAUUAAGCACAACUUCCCUUGGGCUGGAUCUCCAGAGCCUAAGAACACUGGUGGCCAAAGGAUGGUGUCUUGUGGAAGGAGGGCAAGCAAAAGUGUAAAGCAAAAUUUGCUUUUGGAUUUUGGUGAUACUCGCAGGUAAAGUGUCCCUGGGAUAAGGGUAGAUUCUGGGUCAGGGGAAUGUCUGUGGAUAAAGUCAUUGUUGGUGUGUUCAGAGAGGCAGAGUCAGAGAUUCACAGAUAUAGUAAUGGGAUGUGGUGAUUGGGAGAGGAGGGCUUUUCUAAUCAGGACUUUUAUGGAAAUUAUCCUUGGUCAAGAGAAGGGGCAUGUUGCCAACAUGGCCACCAAGGGAAAAAAAAGGAGAGAUCCAGCACGGUUGCUAGUAAGAGACUCUUCUGUUGGGCUCCCACCAGCAGCUCUAGGAUCAGGCCUGGAUAUGAGAUGUCUCUUACCUGUUGGGCUUUUGAAAUGUACCCAAUGAACACACCAGCCCACAGAAGGAUGAACAGCAACGAAAUCCUUUCUGGCAAUCUUCCUGGGAUGCACACCGUUGAGUACAGUUUUCAGGCUCUAAUUUGCAGGGUGUAGGUUCCAAGAUGUACUCUGGAACAAACAAGUAAGAGAAGGGCCUCAACACCAGGCUGGGGUAAUGUUCAGAACUCAGAAAGCCCAGGGAACUGCCAGGAAAGCUGCCACCCUCGUCUGCCUUGCAUGGUUCCAGGGCGGUGGCAUCAGGUUUUGUCCUCACCUGCUGCCUUCCUCUGAGUUCUGAGCAGGGAAGCAGGGCAUGGGUAUUUUUUCAUCAAGAAUAGAGUUUGGCAGAACCCUGCACCCACUGGUCAUUCAUCAUCCUUGUAGGUCAGACGCCAAGUCCCCAUAGGGCCAUGGUUGGGUCCCUAUCAACAAUAUUAAUGGUGUAUAUGGUGAACAAGAAAGAGGUUUGUACAAUCAUUCUGCACUGACUCCUUGUGUGGUCUUCAGCAAGUCAUAGAGCUUCUCACUAGUAACAUAGUUCACCCUUAGGUUAACCUAACCUGGGUUAUUUGUGUAUAGGAAGAAUGAAUGAAAGAAAGAUAAGUUUUGGCAAAGGAUGAAGACCACGCAGCAAACUGAAAGUACUGGAUUAGAGAACUGGGACCCAAUUCACAAAUUUUACUUCCCUCCCUGGCCCAGACCCAGCACCUACUCAGAAAAUGCAGCUUGAGACUCCCAGGCACCAGCGGCAGUGCUAGGCAGAACACCGCCAGGAUCUGGAGAGGCAGCACAGGAUUCAUGGUGCCAGUGGGACAGGCAACUCUCCAGGGAAGUGUGUGACCGUCUGGCCAGACUUAGGGCUCACACUCUGGUCAGAGUCAUGCCAUUCCAGACACUGCUGCCAGUCCUGGUUCUUUGCGUGUUGCUGCUGCAGGCCCAGGGAGGAUACCGUGACAAGAAGAGGAUCCAGAGAAUCAAGAUCUGUAAGAAGCAACCCAGCAUAGAUCUAUGUAUCCACCACUGUUCAUAUUUCCAAAAGUGUGAAGCAAGUAACAUAUGCUGUUCAGCCUUCUGUGGGAACGUUUGCAUGAGCAUCCUGUGAGUAGGAGAGUGGGCUGGGAUAUGCUUCCUGCUCCCUGCACCCUUCCAUCCGAGACUGUGCCCACAUCCAAAGCACAAGGACCUCAAAUCUCCAGCACAAGAACAUCAACAUGAAUGUCGCCCUCCCUCCUGCCUGAACUCCUUGUCCCAGUCAAAUAAACCAGAACAAA